UCUCUUCUUCCUCGUGGGUGCUUCUGCCAGCUAGCUGUCAAAGAGAUCGUACACACAAGGACCUGCAACUACGUGGCAAGAGCUGAAUGAGGUUGCUACUAUAGUGGCUUGACACAGUGGAGAGAUGAGAGCAGGAGCGACGUCGUUGUUACUCAUUGGGCUGCACGCCAUCCUGUAUGCUCUCAUGGUCAUUGACAUCAGCGCCACGCUGUCCAGAACGGACGCCAAGAAGAAAGACACCAAAACGCAGGAGUCCGAGUCCUAUCAGAUGUCUCGAGCAGAGCUGCCUGUUCUGAAGAGAGGCCUGGUGGUGUCUGAUCCGCAGUGGAAGGACAUUGUGAAGGAAGAGGGGAGAUACUGUCAACAGACUGUGACCACGCGCAGCUUCCAGGGAUCUGUCCUGGGAUACAUAACCCCUUGGAAUUCCCACGGUUACGAUGUAGCCAAGGUGUUCGGUUCCAAGCUGACAUCCGUUUCUCCUGUGUGGCUUCAGUUGAGAAGACGAGGACCGGAGAGCUUUCAUAUCACUGGUCUACAUGACCACGACCCAGGUUGGGUCAAAGCUGUCCGGAAGUCAAACAAAAAGAUAAAAAUUUUGCCUCGACUGUUAUUUGACGGCUGGACCUCCCAGGACUAUAUGAGUGUUCUUGGCAGUGAGGAUGAGAUUGAGGAGCUGGGGACAGAGAUGGUGGACGUAGCUCAGACGGAAGGUUUCGAUGGCUUCACCCUGGAACUGUGGAGUCAGCUGGGCGGGAAACUUAGGAGAGAGCUGGUUCACAUGGUGACACACAUAUGUGAGACUUUAAAGGGGAAGAAACUGGACUGUGUUCUGGUCAUUCCACCAGCAAUAUCAGCUGGUACUGGUCAGCCAGGUAUGUUCGGCAGGCAGGAGUUUGAUCAGUUGGCUCCUGUAGUGGACGGAUUCAGUCUGAUGACCUAUGACUUUUCCUCUGGGCGGCCGGGCCCCAGCUCCCCUCUGCCCUGGGUGAGAGAAUGUGUUCUGGAGUUGUCCCCCACUACCCAGUGGAGACACAAGAUUCUGCUGGGUCUCAAUCUGUACGGACUGGACUUCUCUAGUCACGGAGCUGAACCCCUACUGGGUGGCAGGUUCGUUGAGCUCCUGAAGGAGCUGAAGCCUAAACUGCUGUGGGACGAACAAGCAGAAGAACACUACUUCAGCUACAAGAGGAGCAAUGGAGUCAAGCAUGUGGUCUACUACCCAACACUGAAGUCUCUCCAUCAACGAAUCUCCUUGGCAACCGAGCUGGGCACAGGGAUCUCUAUGUGGGAGCUAGGUCAGGGACUGGACUAUUUCUACGACCUUCUAUGAGCAGGACAGUUGUAGUGACAGAUUAAAGACUCUUUUCAAAUCGGUCAAACCUGAAACCCAGAACAACAUGCACAUAUUGACAUUCCAGUGUGUUAAGGAUUAGCUUCAAGACUGUUGAACACCAGCCAGCAUGAGGAUUCGAAUGUCUUUGAUGACCUAGAAUGAACAACAUUUCUUGUCAAGUCCAGGGUGACCCUCAGUUGAGAGGCGGAGGCUAGGUGUGUAUGUGCACUGCCUUUGAGACAGCUUGGAACCUCUGAAGUUCAAGAAAACUGGGAAUCAGGGAAAAUAACUCGUUUUUAUUUGGAAUAAUCUUUUAAAAGGUCAUCCUAUUUGUUAUUCAAUGUCUGGAAUCAUCCUAGAGUGCUGACUUUCUGUUGUGAAGGUCGCCAUUUCUAGAGUUCCCUGUUGUCAUGAAAGCAGCAGUAGAGCGACGUGACAUUAUGAGGAACAACUCUUUAAAUGGAACUCUUGAAGCUGCCAACUUGGCAAGCAAUAUUUAAUCAUGAAUCAACACAGCAGUUUACCUGGGGUUUAGCUGAAACAGGAUUGCAAUGGGGUGUGUCACCCAUGUUUUUAAAUGGUAACAAGUCAUAUCCAGGGCUGCUUUCCUCAGGAGCUCAUGCCAUGUCCUGAACAGAGAAAAGGGUGCUUUUUAGGCUAGCUCUUCUCAUCCAGGAAACUGGCGCUUUGUCACUUUGAAUGUAUCUGCCAACUGCAGGAAAUCGGGAAGUUUUUGCAACACACUGACAAAAAAUAAAAGAGGAUCAUUGUUCAUUAUUUUAUGUAAAAAAUAUAAUUGACAAUACAAACUGUUGUACCUCACAGUGAGUGAAAUGAAUAAAUUGAUGUUUUUGGGGUAUCUAAGACAACCAGAAACACAUUGCAUACAGCAGGGUUGCCAUCAAUUCCAGUUCAAUAUCCUACAAUAAAAUGCCAAUUUGUUUUCUUUUC